UUUUGAGUUGAUUGGACGUGUUUUUUUUUUUGCACUCAUUGGUGUAAAUCCAAGUGAAUUGAUUUGAGAUUAAGUUAUUUGGUAGAGGAUUAUUUGUUAACCACUUCGAAAAGACCAGUUAACCAUUUGAAUUUAAUUGGCGAACCCUUGAUUUUCAUUCAGUGAGUGGUUGUCUGAUCAGUAUCUACAUUGCUAAAAUAAAAGUAAUCUGAUACAAAGAAGAAUAAUGUCAAUCCAAAAGCUUCGUGAUCUGCUGAAUUCCCUAGGAUCCAGUGACUUCUCCGUGGAAUCCUUUGCAAGCUGUUCCAAUGCACUGCUCGACCUUAGUGUAAAAAAUAUCAAACUACCGGAAGACAUCGAAAUUCCGCUGCUCUACAAGCAGCAACGCUUCAUGCUGAGGAACCUCGCCCAAAAUUCGAAACCUGAAGCUGACGGAGAGGAGCUGCUCAGAUCAAUCGACCGGCUUGUGGCAGCGUUCGAACCACUUAAGCUGAAUGCGAAUGACGUACUUAACGUCAAUGACGAAACGCUGCUGAGAAUGAAGCUGAUUUUGGGUGAAUUAUGCUUUCUGAGAAAUAGUGAACGGUUGGCGUUGAUUCCGUUAAAAGAGGUGGCGUUCUGUGUGACGAUGUUCAUUUUGGUGUUCAAGGAAAAGGAAGAAUAUCGUGCAUUUAGGCUAAUACUGAAUAGAGUUAAUGUUACGAAAUUUCUUAGAGCAAUAUUGUCAAGUUUGCAGGAAUUCAAAGUGGAAAAAUUUGAAGCAAAUUCUAACAGAAAAGUGUUCAAAAAGAUUGCAAAAACAUACAAAGUUGUUCACAAGCUAUACAUUUUAAAAAGUGUGCAAAAAGAUAUUUCAUCAGUGACAAAGUGUAGGAAGAAUGAAUGUUUAGAAAUAAUUGCGUUGCAUGGAAUAUUUGACAUUGUUUCCAAAAAUGACGAAUAUUUCCAUUACGUGAAACCAUGUUUUGCAAAUCUUGCACAAUUUGCAAAUCAAUUACCCAUCAUUGAACAUGUAUCAAAACUAUUGAUUAUUUUACACCUUAAAAAGUUCAUCAAUCAUUUCCUUAACAAAGCUAGAAGUUGCAGAACAGUUGAUAAUCUGAAAUCACUUUUUCGCUUCGUUGAAGAUUUAGAUUGUGUACGACUUGACAUGAUCAAAUUACUCGCAGAAUCAUUGGAAUGUUAUGAUGAAAAUGUAAAUACUGAAUUGAAGAUGUUUUUCAAGUGUUUGGAAAAUUUAAAUGCAUCUUUAUUUUAUCGACUGCUUUUUAUUUCCAAAUUAGAACAUGACGUUGAUUAUUUCAUAAACAUUAUCGAUUCAAACUUUAUUCAAUUUGAUGAAAAUAAAAUUCAAAAAAAGUUGACUGGAAACUUCAAACAAAUCAAUCCUGAUAUUAGGUUUGAAACACUUGAAAAUCAAAUUAAUUUUAAAUCAAUUAAAAAUCCAUGGACACGUAUUGAAUCGAUUGUAUCAAGUAUGCAAAACUUGAUCUCCACCUACCAGUUUUCGUCAAUUGAUUUAUUCGCCUCAAAUUACACCAAGAUUCCCAGUGAACUAAGAAUCGCUUUGAGAUAUUUGCUAAAACACUAUUACCAUGCUUUGAAAGAUUUGGGAAUUCACUUUAAAGACCAGUGUUUUGAUCACGAAAAUCUCUGCAAUUGUUUAAAUAUUUUCAACACCAACUUAUUUGACCUGAUUAUAACAUUAGUACUGACAGAAUUAUCGUUAAAGGAAAUAUCUGACAAUAAAAAAUUAAACAAUCUGUUCGAUUUGAAUACCGAUGCAAUGAAACUGAUGCAGACACAUUUGGAAAUCUUGAAAUCGUUAAGAAAUGGUGAUGCCUUGGCGGCAGAUCAAAUGAAAAGAGAAGAUUGGGAAAGAAAAUAUUUAUUGAGCUUGGAACGAACAAAAGGUCCAACCUAUUACUGCUUAGAAACAGUCACGGGUGUAAUUUCAGCAAAAUUUUCUAAAAAUGAUAAUUAUUUAUGUGGACUUUCAACCAACAAAAUUUCUAAAGAUUCAAAACUUUACAUUGCUUUGGUGCUCGAAAAAUACCCGGAAGCACUUACUAUGUGCCCUUCCGAUAUCAGAUCUUAUAACGAGCGAAUGUUUGGUUGGAAUGGCUUAAUUGAUGCUUUGAUUGUUUCGGGAGUAGACAUGACCUCGUGGAAUCAAGAAACUGUAACAAUAGUUGCUGAAAAAUUGUCCAAAUUUGGAAAUAGUCAAUCACUAGAAAAAUUGAGCGAAUUUCAUGCUCUACAAGGCAUCGUAACAAUGGCGAUUUCAACAGGCGAUGAUGAUUUUGUAACAAAAGUAUUUGAAAAGUUUCCUCAAGAAAUCAAUGAACGUAACUUGACGAAAGCAAUUGGAUCGCAUCUGAACAGUGCAGUAUUGUCUAUUUUAAAAGUUCAACCCAAACGUAUGAUCGAAUUUGUCCUAGUUGAAUCAGUACGACUAAAGAAUUAUACACUUUUUGAAAACGUCAUUAAUCUCUUUCCAAAAAUUCUUCCCAGAGCAUUUUUAGCAGCAAUUCUCCACAAUCGACCAAAAAUCAUCAGAAAACUCUUGAAUUACAGUAACGAUUCUUCACUCAUUAACAAAGCCCUCUACACUGCAGUUCAGCAGAAACGAUGGAAAGUUGCAAACAUUCUUUUAAAUGAAGGCCGAGCUGAUCCCAACGUUCGUUUCGACUCCGAAUACACUGAAUAUGGCAUUCCAAUAGUUACAGCCUUCCAAGGUGCUGUUGCCUGUGGAAAGCUGGGCUUUUUGAAAAAGUGCUCAACUGAUGUUGAACUAAAUCGGGACUUGUCCCUCAUCACCCUCGCUGCGUCAUCUGUCUCGCUGGAAUUGAUCAAAUAUUUGGUAAAGUUGGGAUUUAACGCAGCUUACGAACCCGACGUUGUUCCAUGUGUAUUAGAAAUUGGGUAUACCAAAAUUUGGGAAGAUACUUUUGAGUGUUUGACGUUGCGUCCGUGGGAAGGUCCGGACUCAACGCAGACCAGUUUGUACUUUGAAAUCGAGCAGUUGAAAGCUCUUGGACACCUCGAUCAAAUUUUUCACUGUGAAGAGUUUCGAAAAUCUGCUGCUCCAAAAUUGAUGCGACUUGUAGCCAGACGUAUGAAGCUGUACACAACGUUUCAAAAUGAUUUCUGUGUUGAUAAAAUUGAAGCUACCGAUUUAAACGAUCCAACAUUAGCACUACAUAGUUUUCAGAGGCAUUUGAAACAGAAUUGCUCUGAAAUGACUUUGAAGAAAAAUAUAUUAAAUUUUUACUGCAGCAAUCCGCAUGAGUACGUGUUUUGUGAGCUGACAUUCGUUAGCCCUUCUGAAAUUUACAGUGAUGAGAGAGAGGAGAUGACUGAACUGUUGGAAGAAGCUAACGUCACUUGUGAUCUCAUUUUGGAGAAAAUUAAUGGAAAAUUCGAUGAAUCUUUCGAAAAUAUAUUAAAAAUAUUUGAUAUAAAAAUGUAUGAAGGUGACACGCUAUGCUCUAGAUUUAAAGUUUAUCAAUUAAACACUUUAUCUUGUACAGUUGAACUUCAGCCAAAUGUUUUAAAUCUUUCAAUUAAUAACAAACUUUUGAACAUCGAUUGUCGAGCAAUUCUUUUCCAGUUGGCUAUCGGUUCUGGAGAUGUACGCUCACUAGCCCAACUUUUGUGUGAGGACCAGGCCGAAGAAUACGUUGGGCUCAACUCGGAACUGUUCAAAACGGUUGUCGAUUUCGAAGGAAAAGAACAGACUAGCAUGGCUGUGAUGCUGCUCGAAGUUGGUCUCAAAAGCUGGAAUUCGAAAUCGGUGCGUUCAAUAAUAGACUUCGCAAUAUCCAAAGAUUGCUCAAAACUCGCUCAGCUAGUUCUGUCAUCCGACUGCUUUGGACUGACGGCUGAAGAAGAGUUCGAAAAGGUCAUUCAGUACGGUUCAGUUCAGAUUUAUGAACUGUUUCUCAGCACAGUUUCUUACGACAAAACUGAAAUGUUCAAGCAAGUUUGUAAUGCCCUGCAAAGCUUGAGCUGUAAGGAGAUUGAGGUUGAGGUGGAAUUGCAAAUGUUUCUACAAUAUCAACUGGCAAACUUUGGAUUUGAACAUCUUUGCGCUGACCCAAAAACACCGAAAAAUUAUGGAGAAUGGCUAGAGUCCAUCGAUUUCUUGGUUGAGUGGAUUAGCAUUUUAUCAAACAGAGCAGAUGCGAACAGUUAUUUGGGAAUCGAUAACGAAGUCCUGUUUCGUCUCAGGAUGAUUCACAAUCAACUCUACUUGAUCAAAGACAAUGUACAGUUGAGGAAAGUUCCUAUCAGGGAGGUGACCUUUCUGUUGGCUGUUUUCCUAAAAAUAUUCAAAGAAAAAGAAUACGAUAUGUACCGAAUGGUGAUCAACAAACCAUUGUUGAUGAAAUUCUUGACAUCAAUCUCUAUCGAUUUAAAUGCAUUUAGAGACGAAUUCAAAAGAGUAACCUCUGCAAUGAACUCAAUCAUGACAAGUCUGAAUAGUCGGGCUCGUCAAGAUCUGGAACCCGUUUGGACAUCUGAUUCUUCUUUGCCAACCUUAAGUGACAACAUUUGGAACAGGUUGAGUUCGAAAAAGUUCAAAGAUGUCCAUUUUUGUAACAUAAUUGAUGAAGUGUUUUGCACAGAAUUAGUCGAUUUCACAUAUUCACGUAAAUCACGUAGAAUUUUCGCGGAAAUCAAAGAAACUUUUUCCCGUGUCAAACAGAUGUACUCGCUGUGCAAGAUCGCCAAAUCUUUAGAUUUCAAUAAAUCGCUCAUUUUAUCCCAUGAAGAAUCUUCGGAAAUCAGCCAGGACCAAUCGGGGAAAAAGGAAUGCUACGUUACAAUCAUAAAAAGAUUUACUCAGAUUUUCGGAGAAUGCAUUAAAAGCACUUCAAAUACACCCAACAUUUCAAAAGCUAUAAGUAACGUUUUAGAGACAGUUUUGUGGUCUGAGGUUCAGCAAAACAAGACCAUAAGGGAUGUGUCCUGCCACAAGUUUCCCAUGAUAAAGAAAUUCUUGACCGUUCGAGAUCUUUUUGUUUGCUACAUGUAUUUGCCAAAAUACAUGUUGAAUGUCGAAAUUAUAGUAAAAAUUUUGAUCGUCUCCACGUGCUUUGAAUAUUUUCGCUGGCAUUUCAAGUCUUUGCUGCGAUCAUCAUGUUUGAAAACGCUUCAAGAAUUGAUCCGUUUUGUCGGAGACCAAACGGAGUUAGUUAAAUUGCAAGUUAACUUUUUGGAUGAUGUUAGAAAAUUUUGCAUUGACGAUGAAAAAAGUAGAAGUGAAAAGUUGUUGGAAAAUUGUACGCCUGACAUGAGGGACAUUUUUUUGCAAGCUCAAAAACAAGGUGAAAAACGAGCAAAAGUUUUAAACUGCCUUGAAAAAAUGCAAAUCACCAAUUUUUUCUACGAUUAUGAUACCUAUCAAGCUGUAGUAUUUUCCACGUUGAACGUUCGAGUGUGCCAUCGAAUGAUUGAGAUGAAUUUAGAGAAAAGUCGAAUCAGUAAAAAAUCGUUCUUUCAACUUGUAACCGAAAAUUGGUUCUUUUUGAAUUAUGAUGCACCUGAAUUGAUUUCCAGUUAUUUACCAGACUCGAUCAUGGGUGCCAUGGUAACUGCUCAAAAAAUGUUUGAAAUUGAAACUAAGGCAAUGCAGAAGUACUAUUGUAAGGAAGAUGUUGCUCAGAUUUGUGAGUCUUUGCUUGCUGAGAGUGACAUUUCUCUAAAAGAAAGGCUUUCACUAGAAGCUGCACUUUACCACAAACUGGACAAAUUUUAUUUCAAAGAUAUUUUCUUGAUUGAUUCGAAAUUCGAUGCCAUCGACAAAGUUAUGCCCAAGGAAAGGAUCCCAAGGUUCGCGAGUAAAGUACAAAAUAUUAGGACAAAAAAUUUAAAGGAGUUGAAGCAAAUUACCCUAGAUUUGCAGCUUUUAAUCCAGAAUCUUUUGAAAAAACACAACUGUGAAACAAUCAACAAAAUGAUCGCAAACUGGAAAAAUAUUCCCACCGAAAGUAUGUUGGCGUUUGAGUUCUGGAUGCUCGAGCUAAGCGAAAUACUAAUUACAACCAAACAGUUUCAGGACAAUUUCCACACCAUCAAAGGGGAUGUUCAGAUGAUUUGUGGGCGAAACUUCCGAAACUAUCUCGCUCACGAUAGUAUUUCUUAUGAUCUGCUCACCAAUAGUUCACGAAUGAAGGUGCUUGUAAACGCACUGGCGAUGGUCAAUAUUGACUGGAAACUUUUUUGCCACCCUGAAAAGAGGGAUCUGCCGGAGAUUAGAAAUGUGAAAGAGGAAGGAAUCUCAAUCAUUUUGGGGGAGGAUUGUUUAAGGAGGUCAGUAAUUGAGGGAGAUUUUGACUGCUUUACCAACCGAGGUGUUCUACCUCUAGGCAAAUUUUGGACGGCUAUUGGUCCUUAUGGAGGAUUACAAUCGCUAAGCACAAAUGAAUUGGUGAAUUACAACGAAUGUGAGAAAAAUUCAGAUGGCAACAUUUCUAACAUCAAUUUUAAAUUAUAUAACAACAUAAGAAAGGAUAACUUUGAAACUGCUUUAGAAUUGACGAGAAAAGAUUCGUGGAGUUCCUUCUUUGAAUCGUUCAGAUUUCCUGUCAGUAUUUGGAGACCCAUGGGAAGAUUGGUGAAAUUCUUGGGUCGAAAGGGGGACAUUUCCGCCGUUUUCGACCUACUAAAUCACUUUGGUUCCAAAUUAGAAAUCGUACUCAUGCUGGUUGGAAGUCAAGAGUUGAAAACGAUUACACUUACUGUUAAACCGUCACUUCUUUUGUCGUCACAAAUCAGUACAAUCGUUCGGUCUGACUCAUUAAGUGAUUUACAAAAUAUGGAUUUUCUUUUGAGCAGCACCGAAGUAUUGUCACCGAAUGUGUUGAACUUACUUCAAGAAAUGGUUUGUUGCAACAACAUUUUUGCCUUUAAAUUCACGAUUGAAAAUUUUAAAUUCAGUUCCCAUGAAGAUGCUGAAAGAAUAUUAAUCAGUUGCGUGGUAUCAGGCCGAAUCAAAAUGGUUGAAGUUUUUACUGAAAAAUACGCAAACAAUUCUUUCAAUUUAGAUCGAGCGCUUCAGAUGGCAGCUUCGCAUAACAGAGGAACGUUGGUCAAAUAUUUGCAGCUCAAAGGGGCUAAUUUGGUUCAAAUUGAUGAAUUCAGGAAAAUUGGCGUCACAGAUUUUGGAUGUUUGAAGUAUGUGGCGCAAUUUCCAAUAGUUUUGCCCGAAGGAUACCACUUGCAUGUUGAGUUGCCAAAUGUUGGCAAGUUUUCACUUGCGGACAUGGAACUGUUGUUGAAGUCUGGUUACAACAUUAUGCGAAGUCAUCAAUUUUUCCGAUAUGUUUUGAAAUUAGAAGACGAGCGAAUAUUGAGUCUGGUUGAAAACAAAAUUUUUGAUUUUAAAGCUGUGACAUUGUGUGAUGAAAAUAUGAUUGAAUGGCUCCGAGUUGUGCGAGAAUGCAAAGUGUUGAAUUAUUUGACUGCCAAUUUGUUGAUCCAUUGCAUGAAGAACAAGCCAGACUUAUUUGGAAGAAUUUUGGAUCGGAUCAAAAUAUUUGGAACGACUGAUGAAGGAUAUGGCGUUGAAAUAGUUAACCAGUUUGGCAAUGCAGAGUUAGACACAAGUGCUUUGGAUUUAUGUACAGAUGUUGAGAAAUGUUUGGAAAACUCUGAAGAUGUAUAUUUUGAACGUGAAUUUGAAAGGGAACUUGUGUGCAUAGAUUCACACGAAAAUAUUGAAAUGGUAAAAGUUUUGUACAUAAUUUAUGAUAUUCAAGAGUUACCAAAAAUUUCUCAAAACGAACAAAUUGCCUUCUAUAAUGAGCAUUUGACAUUUUAUCAAAUUUAUCAAAAUAUUUUACAAAUUUUGAACGAUCUUGAAGUUUUGGAGAAUGCAACAAUUGUAACAGUUAGGUUUGAAUAUUCAAACAUAUUUUAUCGUGUUCUAAAGAUAUCGUCAAAGACGGUCAUACUAAGAUGUUUAGGAAGAAUGUUCCCAAUCCAGGAAAUGAUAAAUACUAAAGAUCCCAUUGGAAGAACAAUUUUGUUUGACGUGAAAACUUAUAAAAAUUUUAAACUUUUAAUCGAAUGUGGCGCAGAUUUGUCUGUAGUAAAUAAUGAUGAAGAAAGUCCCCUCCCGGGAUACAUUCUGUGGCCCUGGUCUGAACUGGAACCGGUGUUCAAGUAUUGCUUGGAAAAUGGCGUUUGUAACUCCAAAAGAGUCCAUCUGUUCCAUGCCCGAACCCGGUGGAACCUUUCCUUGCUGACCGUGGCAGUUAUAAACGGUGCUGCCGAGGCUGUCCAAUUUUUAAUCACCAACGGGGUAGAUCAAGCGGCUUACGAACUCGGAGGAUUUUUCCCCUUGCUGGCAGCCGUUAGCCUGCAACGAAUUGAUGUCGUGGAAGUUUUGUUGAAUCACAGUCACGAAACUGUCAACUGGUGGCGCAAGGGCUAUUCUUUCACACCUCUACUUCAAGCAGUCACAAGAAAUAACGUAAUUUUGGUGAAAAUGCUGCUCGAUGCUGGAGCAAAUGUGAGUUUUCUGUACAGUGGGUUAACCAUUUUUGGAGUUGCAAUUAAACGUCAGGCUGAUCGAGCCCUGAAAGUGCUGUUGGAGCACAUCAAGCAAAAUAAAUCACACGUCGUAGCGGAUUGCAACACCAAUUCCAGCCCAAUUCAGACCGCUCUGCUCACCGGCAAUGUGGAAAUGUUUCAAAUAGUUUUGGAAUGGGAAAUUGAAGGGUCCGUUGAGAACUUGACCCCAUCAUCGAUAGAAAGAAUGAAGAUUUGUUUCAACGAACCUAGAUCGAAUGGCAAUUCCAUUUAUGCGCUUGCUAAAUUUACGGGGAAUAUUAAAAUCAUCGAUUUUAUUCACAAAUGUGUGGAACGCGGAGAGCAAGUUUUGGGUGAUAGAAUUGAACUAGAUACAAAUGUAAAUUUAGAUAAAAUGGUAGAAUAUACUAUUUCUGCGGUUGAUAUCGGUAAUUUAGUAGAUAAUUGUGAUGUAUUUUAAAAAGACAAUUUUAGAAUUGAUAAAAUAAACACAUCUAAUAAUGA